GGCCUGCGAGUUCUGCAUCAUUUCAACGCUCGAGAAGAACUCCGUUCUAUACCCAAUAGCGCUAUUCACAAUGGGUUUGAUUGGGAAUAUCAUCGCUCUUUGUAUAAUAUAUCGACACAAAAAUAUCACACGGGGCAGGCAUGUUUCAGUUUUUUAUGUGUUGGUCUCAGGGUUGGCUUGGUCGGACCUACUGGGAAAAGUUUUACUGAGUUCAAUGGUAUUGGCGUGUUAUGCGCUUUCCAAGUGUCUGGAGCAAAUCAACACGAAUCUGUGUAACACUUUUGGGUUGCUCAUGUCUUUCUUUGGGCUGUGCCCCACGCUAAUCCUACUGGCGAUUGCAGUGGAGUGCCUUCUCUCCGUUGGAUAUCCUUAUGUCUACAAUCGGCAAGUUACGCGGAGGAGAGCGCUGAUGUGCCUAAUCAGCAUCUAUGUAUUCUGUCUUCUCUUCUGCGCCCUGCCACUUAUCGGUUUCGGGGACUACAAGCAAUACCGGCCCGGGACCUGGUGCUUCAUCACACUGAAUAGCAUAAAACCGUUGAACAAGGCGUUCUCCUUGCUGUACGCCACGCUGUUGACGUUGGCUAUCCUGGCUGUGGUUAUCUGCAACAUGCUAGUGAAAAUCAACCUGAUUAAGAUGUACAAGCUUACCCGCAAGAGGAGCAUCUCCACCGUCAACUCGCUAAUGAGAGCAGCCGCGUCCCCCCGGCAUUCGGAGGAGCUGGAUCACUUGGUCGUCCUCUUGCUGAUGACUUUGAGCUUUGUCAUUUGCUCCAUCCCCGUAACGGUGCGGUUGUAUAUUGGCGCCUUUUCUUCUGACGAAUGCGCAGCGCAGGAGGAGGAAAAGGACCUUUUGGCAAUGCGGUUCCUCUCGGUCAACUCCAUCGUGGAUCCUUGGGUUUUCAUCAUCUUACGCACCUCACUCUGCCGCAAACAGGUGCACAAGCUGUUUGAUAAACUGUUCCCUUCACGCGCGCCACGGACAGCCGCAAAAACACCAGAUUCUCACUCUUGCGAGAUGGCGUCGAGGGAGUCUUCGAAACAGUGGCCACACUCCGAGCAGCGUACGGGCCCCCCUGGAAUGAACAGUCUGGGAUGAAUUUCAAGGGGCGAAACGGUGCGCACAUACAUUUCAAGAUCCAAGUUCAUGCUGCGCAGUGGGAUUGCAGUCUUUCCUUUUUACUGUUCGUUAACCAAUGUCAGCAGGAGCGACACAAUUUGUCUUGGAAAACGAUAUAAAAUCACCACACUGCUACCUAACUACGUGCAGCAAAUACAUCGCAAAAGGCCAGUAUGGCUCGGGCUGCUGCGGAAGGCGCAUGCUUUUAUUUGGUUUACUUGAGGGUUAAGUCUAAACAUUUCAGCGAGAUUUUCAACUGUCCCCUUCAGUCAUUAAAGUGACACUCCCAUUUACAGUUAAGCAUUUAGACACUCUAAUAUAGACAAACAACUGUCCAGCUGCAGUGGGGAGUUGAUUCCACCGCUAGGGAGUAGAAAAGAUACGUUACUUUAGGGAAGGGAAGGCGACGCCACCAUAUAAUGCGGAGCAGAAAGGUCGGACAGGACUACAAGGUUGAUAGUGAACUUCAGGUAAGAGGGGGCAGUUCCUCUUUGAUUUGUAUUUCAUUUACCCGAAAAACUGGCUUGCAAGCGUUGUCUGGACCAUUGUAAAUUUAUUUUCCAGCAUUUUUGAAAUCCAGAAAUUCCGUUUCAAAAUGUUUAUUUUUCUUUUCUUUAUUUACAGAUUGAAAUCAAACCAAUAAAGGGUUGAGUGGCAAAA